AUGACUGAAGCGACAAAGCAGAUUCACAUCGCCCUCGACAAUACUGGCGACGGUCCGCUCCGUGUCCCAGGGUUCGCAAACAUCCCGAUCCACUAUGAACUCCCUUCCAACGCCCGUUUUGCGCACGGAGUGGUGGAGUGGCGACAGGCCCCCGCAGUCACGGCCCGCGAGCUAACCAUGGUCGCCGUGAUGAACCAUCUCACCGAUAGGCCUUCUUGGUAUUUGGAGAUUUCCGACGAUGAAGUUGUUGCAAACUGGAAACAAGAGACCUUUGACACGACCCCACUCAUGAGCGAAAAAGCGUGGGAAUGGUGCGUAAGGGAGCUGCGCGAUAAAGCGGUUGAUCUCCGCGAGAGUCGCCAGAUCCAUAUCCGGGUUCUUGAUACUGGAUCAUGCGUGUGCAAAGCGGAUGCAGAGACUCUAGACUCUCUCAGUGCGGCGUUCAGAGAGUCCAUGCCGGCUUUGUUGGAGGAGCAGCAGGAACAACGGAUUUUGGAUUGGCAGUCCGAAACCGUGUUGAUUGUGGUUGAUCCGUUGCUAUUUCCGUUAGUCUAUGGACGAAGCCUCGUCUUGGUGGAUGGAGGACAAGUGGACUUCGACAAUGUGCUGGGUUCCUAUCGAGAUGCAACGGUCGCGCCCAAGCCUUACGAUCGACGGACCAAUUCCGAGUCCUUGCAGAUGAAAAUUGACAGACUGGGCACUCCAUGUUGGGGCAUUGGCGAUCCCGAUGGUGACAAGUUCGAGUUCUACCACUGGAGUGCUAACUAUCAAUGCCUUCCAUGUGAAGUCAAAUUUCUCCACGACUCCGGAACGGAGGUGCAGAUUACCUCUUACAUCAACAACUUGCACCCAGCCCAUGAGGGUCUAUACCAGGCCAUUGAGAAACUCAUCUCCAUCACAAUCAAGCCAUGGAAUGACUGUCUCGUGAAAGGACAGAUUGGCUGGGAUGAUGACUCCAAUCAAGGGCAGUUGGGGCCGGUUCCCUUACGAAUCAUCACCUACGGGGCCGAAUGGGAGAAUGAGCUUCCUGAAUGGGCGCUCACAUUCAGAGUACCCACAGAACACAGGAUAAAAAAGUACCACAAAUUCCAAGAAAUGUUACAGAGCAACAAGGAUGACCAAACGAGGAAUGGUAGAAGAAAGUACCGCCACGCACAAGGGCAGCUCCGUCGGCUACGAGACGUGUCGGACAACCUCGACAAAAAGCUGCCUCCGCCGGAGUCUGACCUCUGGAAAAGAGCCAAGGAAUAUUUAGAACUCCCAGAGAACGGCUCAAACACCCCUGUCGCAGCCCCAGACGGCUGGAUGGAGGGCGACUCUAAGCCGUGGUGGAGCAUUGAACGGAAAUUAGAGCGUCUGCUACGCUUCAAACAUCCAGAACCGGGAACCGCGUUUUCGUACGAGGAGUGGAAGACUAACCGACACAACGAUAAAGCCAUCAUUGACAUCGUCCGUCACCGGAAUAACUGGGCUCCUGACCGGCAGCCCUUUAAGCCCAUCAUUCCCCCCCACAGCCCAUAUACCAUCUCUCUCCAAGACACCUUCCGCAAGCAAGGCCUGCAAAUUAUUGUGAAGAUGGAGAAUAUUGAACUCACCCCGCAAAAUCCCACAUACACCAACGACUCUUGGCAGCUCGACGGCCAACUUAACGAACACAUCGCUGCUGUCGCUAUCUUCGCCUACGACGUCUCAAACAUCACCUCCCCUAAGAUCUCAUUCCGACAGAACACUACCCUCUAUGGCGACUUUUACCAGAUUCUCGAAGAACUGUAUACUACAGGUAAUUACGAUGCCCGGACUUUACGAGCCCAUCGGUGUGGCAAAGGUUACGGGCAAGACCUCUGGGCAGUAGGGAGCAUUCUGGGAUACGAAAAUCCUUGGCACCUCUCGAUCGAUUAUAACGGGAUGUUGUCGUACCAAGAUAUCGGGUCCGUCGCAACUCCGCAGGGUCGAUUAAUCACGUUUCCGAGCGUGUUAGAGUACAAAGCCGAACCGUUCCAGCUGCUAGAUGCGACUCUCCCCGGGCAUUAUCGCUCAAUCAAGAUGUUUCUCAUUGAUCCACACUACCGAGUGUGUUCAACUCGAAAUGUACCACCACAGCAGCAUCACUGGUGGACGCAGGAAGCGGGUAAGGAACUUACUUCGGCGGGACUGCCCUAUGAACUGGUGGAUGAGAUCUUCCGUGGAACAGAAGACUGGCCGAUGGGAAGGGAGGAGGCGAAACAGCACCGUCAUAAUUUGACCAGAGAGCAUAUCUGGAACGAGACGGCAAGAUUUAAUCGUAUGCCUGGUCCGGGAUUUUGA